AUGACUAGCCGACAGGAAGGGGCCUCGUCCCACGGCUCUCGGAGGAGCAGCCGCCAUGUCGGCAGCUUCAUCAUCGACAGGGAAAUCGGUAAAGGCAGUUUUGCUCAGGUCUACAUGGGGUGGCACAAGGAGUCCAAAGCCGCUGUCGCCAUCAAAUCCGUCGAGCUGGAGCGUCUCAACAAGAAGCUCAAGGAGAAUCUAUACGGAGAGAUCCAGAUUCUCAAGACUCUCCGACACCCGCACAUCGUCGCCCUCCACGACUGCGUCGAAUCUUCUACACAUAUCAACCUCAUCAUGGAAUACUGCGAACUUGGUGAUUUGUCCCUUUUUAUCAAGAAGAGAGACAAGCUCAUUACGCACCCUGCUACCCACGACAUGGCCCGCAAGUACCCUUCCGCUCCAAACUCCGGCUUGCACGAAGUCGUCAUCCGCCACUUCCUCAAGCAGCUUUCCAGUGCACUCGAGUUCCUUCGUGCCAAAAACUACGUUCAUCGAGAUGUUAAACCCCAGAAUCUCCUCUUGUUGCCGUCUCAAGCAUUCAGAGAGGAACGGGCGUUGCCCAUCAUGGAGGCCAGCCAAGAUUCUCUCAUUCCCAUUUCAGGCCUCGCCUCUCUACCCAUGCUGAAGCUUGCCGAUUUUGGCUUUGCGCGAGUUUUGCCAUCAACCUCUCUUGCCGAUACUCUCUGUGGCUCGCCGCUAUACAUGGCCCCAGAAAUUCUUCGCUACGAACGCUACGACGCCAAGGCCGACUUAUGGUCUGUUGGCACUGUGUUGUAUGAGAUGAUUACCGGACGUCCGCCCUUCCGAGCUAGGAAUCAUGUUGAACUGCUCCGCAAGAUAGAAGCUGCAGAGGAUGUCAUCAAAUUUCCUAGAGAAGUCAGCGUCACCCCUGAUCUCAAGGCUCUUGUUCGCUCUCUGUUGAAGCGAAGCCCCGUCGAGCGCUUGAGUUUCGAAAAUUUCUUUGCCCACCAUGUGGUUACUGGCGAUAUUCUUGGAUUAGUCGAGGAUGACAUUCCAAAACCACCCAAGCGGGAACUAGAGACUAUCCGCCAAGGAGAGGCUUUGCCCUCAUCGCCCCGCGUGCAAAUGGCUAGGCAGCUGAGCAGCGACCCUAGGGACACACGCUCAUCACCAAAGUCUCCCCGCAGCUCGCCGCGUUCAUCUACUGUAAACAGCUCCGCUGACGCAGCCCCGAGACGGCAAAGCCAGAAUGCAGAGCGCCGUCUAAGCAUUUCAUCACACAAUAGCGGGCAGGGUCUUGGCAUCCAAAGGCCCGCACCGCCGAUUCAGUCACAUACCGCGCCUAAUCAUCCCAGAGCAGCCGAUCGGAGUGGACGCGAGCCGCAGCCUUCGUCCCUGCGUGUAGCGCGACAGCCAUCGGAUGUGUCCCUCACAGAGGAGGAAAAGGCCGCCCAAGACGUCAUGUUCGAACGAGAUUACGUUGUCGUUGAACGUCGACACGUCGAGGUUAACGCUCUGGCCGAUGAAUUGGCUGCGAAUGAGAAGCUGGGACAAAACAACUCUUCGGCAAAAUCGAGUCCACUGCAGAGGAGGUACACUCAACAAGGCUCAGCUACAUCCACCACGGGCGCCAUUCCAACACCUGCCUCACGAACAGCCCUCGUGGCCCAAGGACGCGCAGGCCAAGAUCGUCGUUCGUCCUACGAAAAGGCGCUUUCUGCUAGUCCCGGAUCCGCCUCGAGCGCCAUCUCCAAGGCUAUUCAAGACGCCAGCCUUCGUCUAUUCGGAUACAAAGUGAACACAAUGCGUCAAAAGGGCUCGUCGCCGCCUCUUUACCAGCCUUUUCCUGCAUACCCGACCCCGACAUCAGCUGGGCUUCUAAGUGACGGCAAGGGCUCUCAGGUGUCUGAUGAGGAUGCCAAGGCCGCGCAGGCUAUCGAGGAAUUUGCGACUAGGAGUGACUGUGUGUACGGAUUUGCUGAAGUCAAGUACAAACAACUGCUACCAAUGGCUCCAUCUAUGGACUAUGGUCUUGGCGGCGUCAGCCCUGAUAAGGGCACCAGCGAAGAGGAUGGUCUCACAGUUGAUGCCACUGUGGCUCUCUCUGAGGAAGCCCUCGUUCUCUAUGUCAAGUCUUUGACACUUCUUGCACGUGCUAUGGAUAUUGCCAGUCUAUGGUGGUCUAAGAAAACCCGCGCUGAAUCAUCCGUUGUCUCUCAGACCCUUGUGCAACGUAUCAAUGCCGUCGUUCAGUGGGUUCGUCAACGGUUCAACGAAGUCCUGGAAAAGUCCGAGGUUGUACGCUUGAAGCUUACCGAAGCACAAAAGCUGCUUCCGGAGGAUCAUCCCAGCAAUCCUGCCCACCAAGGCGAGGACUCGAUUGCAUCAUCUGCCGUGGGAGCAAAGCAGGUAUACCUUACUCCAGGUAUCAGCGCUGAAAAGCUCAUGUACGACCGAGCUCUCGAAAUGAGCCGCGCCGCUGCCAUUGACGAAGUGACAAACGAAAACUUGCCCGGUUGCGAGAUCUCGUACCUCACUGCCAUUCGCAUGUUGGAAGCAGUCUUGGACAGUGACGAUGAAGCUACGGCUCGCAACAUAUCCUCUGGCAAGGAGAUAGCCAAAGACGCUACCCAAGAAGGCAGUGACUUGGACACUGAGGAAGCGGCCCAUGUACGAAAAAUGAUUACAAUGAUUACAGGACGACUGAACAUGGUGCGCAAGAAGCAGCAGAUGAUUGCCGAAGCAAAUAACCAGGCGAAGCACGUCUCUGCCAUGCGACGACUCAGCGGGGACGUGACUCCCCGGAGUGUGCCGUCCUAUGGCUCAACGUGA